UGAUUUUGCAUUUCCGGGGAGAGAACUGUAUGUAAACAAUACAAUUCUCUCCCGUCAGCUCCUGCACACUGCUUUGUAUGGCUCUGCAUAGAAGUGUGCUUAUAGUGCAAAGCACACACACAGCACACAUUUAACCCUUUGACCACCCCACAUGUUAACCCCUUCCUGUCCAGUGUCAUCAGUAGUGUCAGUGCUUUUUUUUAGCACUGAUCACUGUAUUGGUGUCACUGGGGAUGUCAGUGACAUCAAGUCAGUCCCCUACAGUGUCAGAAUGCCUGCCGCAGUCUCCGCAGUC